AUGUCCCUCAAGAUCGUCAUCGUUGGUGCAGGCAUCGCCGGCCUGGCAUCGGCAGCCAUGCUCCGGGCAGGCGCCGACGUCACCAUGCUCGAGUGCGGGGACGCGAAUCAGGUCGCCGGCGGGCAAGGUCUUGUUUUUGGACCCAACGCCGUCAAGAUUGUCGAGAAGAUUGGCUACGACCGCCAGCGCGUGCGAGCCGUCGAGAGCAAGGGCCUUCGAGCGUACGAUGGGGCGACUGGAGCUCUGGUCAAGACCAUCCCGCUGGAUAUGAAAUCGACCUGGGGAGCCGACUGGUUGAUGCAGCUGCGUAUGGAUGUAAGGAGUGAGUUGCAUCGCCUUGCGGUCCAAGACGGCCCGGGGAAAACCCCAGUGCUUCGUUACAAGGCCGCGGUGACAGACAUUGAUCCCGACACUGGAGUUGUCACUCUUGAGAAUGGAGAGACUAUCCGGGGGGAUGUCAUAAUCGUGGCAGCCGGCAUUCACACAAAGAUCAAGGAGAAGAUUGUGGGCAGCAGUGAAUACGCCACAACUCCAACUGGCCAGAGCAUCUUCCGGUUCCUGGUGUCUUCAGAGAAUGCCCAAAAGGCCGCUGGGCAUCUCCCUGACUGGUGGAAUCCCGAAAUCGGCGCCUACCUUUCCAUUACCAGACUCGACGACGGCACCAACCGGGCUAUCAUCACGUACCCAUGCCGUGAAUUUCAAUACGUCAACUUUAGCUGUGCCUUCCCCAACGAGUACCUCAGUAAAAGGGCUACAGAGUCGUGGUUCGCCAACGGCGACAUUGACGAGGUUUUGGACAUCUUCAAGGACUUUCCCCCGUUCUAUCGAGAAUUGAUGCAAUACGCCGAGGAAGUCAAAGUGUGGGAGCUCCGGGACCACGACCCUCUCCCCACCUAUGUCUCCGGCCGGGCUGUCUUGAUAGGCGACGCGGCGCACGCCAUGGCGCCCUUCCAAGGCCAAGGAGCCGGGCAGGCGAUUGAGGACGCCGAAGGGCUGAGUUUGCUACUGGAGCCUGGUGUGACACCAUCAGAUGUCCCAAGUAUCCUCCAGCAGUGGGAGGCGGUGCGGAGGCCCAGGGCGUCGCAGGUGCAGCUCAACACUCGCGUGGCGAGCCAGAAGCUGGACGAGGUGAACUCUUUCCAGAAUAUGAACUAUAACUGGACGUAUAAUGGCAUCAACGAGGAGCUCAAGAAGGCGUGA